AUCACAGCGAGGCAUCAUAUGCCCACUCACUACUUGGCUCGUACUGUCGAAUACACUACAGCACCGAAAAAGCUGCCAAGGGGCUCCGUCGUCCAUGGACGUGCCGACCGCCGGACAAGCCGCCGCUGUACCGCAGCGCAAGGCGUUGGAGUGGGAGGGCCGGGUGGUGUCCCCGGUGCCGACGGCGACGGCGGACGAGGCGUGGGCGCUGCUGUCGGACUUCCUGGCGUUCCACAAGUGGCACCCGCGCGUGGCGGUGUGCCGCCUGGCGUCCUCCGGCGCGGCGGCGCCCGGGUGCGUCCGCUACUGCGAGGGCACCCCGCCCGCCGACGGGACGCCCGCCGACUGGGCGCACGAGACGCUCCUCGAGCACGACCAGGCCCGCCGCUUCUUCCGCUACGAGAUGAACGACAACAACAUGGGCUUCGGCGCCUUCUUCGCCGCGUUCCGCGUCGUCCCCGCCGCGGCCGGCGGCUGCCUGCUGCGGUGGGAGUUCGAGUGCGAGCCCGUGCGGGGCACGCCCAAGGAGGCGCUCGAGGCGCGGCUGCAGGCCGGGCUCGACGGAAUGGCCGCACGCGUGCACGAGCACCUCAUGUCCGCGCGCGGGGCCGUCGCCGCCGCCGCGCCGCCGACCGCUGUGACUGCAGGGCUGGAGGCCGCCGAUGAGCUCAAGCUGGACAGCUCCAUCGCGGCCUGAGCUCUGAGCACUCGACGCGCACGACAGGCCCGGUUCCACCUCUGUGUGCACGUACCGACGACGUACGUUUGGUUGUGAUCUCGUCUCGUUCUUUUCUCGCGGUACUAUGUUGUCUGAUGAUAUUUUAUCUUUGUUUUGUUCUGGGCCUUUGUCUGCUUGCCGUUAUGUAUGUACGCGUACGUACCGUUUACUACAAUACGGUAGUGCCCCUAUACAGCUGUACCGGGAAUAAAUGUAUGAUAUCACUCGUAGUAAUAUAUGCGAAAGUGAUUAGUGCA